UUUGAUUGUUUCUUACUCGUUCUUGGUCUGUGAAGUGACAUUUGAGUGGUUUAAAAGUUGUAUGAACAGUCAGAGAACGUCCAGAAUGACGGAAAAACCUGAAACACAGACACUAAUUACCACAUUUGCAACAACUAGCACGCCAGCGAAAAAUUUGGUGAAACAAGAUGGCGCCGGAAAAAGGGAUAGGCCAAGCAGUACGGGAUCCAAUCCUGUAAAACACACAUUAAAAAAGUCCAAGUUGAAAGUGAGUAAUAGCACUACGUUCAGUGAGCACGAAUUUUCCGACGAUGAAGUCUCUGACACUAUUGAAAGUGAAUAUGAUAGCACUACUGAUAUGGCCACAGAAACGUACGAGGAUGUGGACUCUGAUCUCGAUCUAAAGCAAUGGCUCAAAUGCAUGUUUGUUAAAUUUGAUAGACGAGUGGUGUCUUUGACUGCAACUGUUAAGCAGAACGCUAAAAAGAUUGGUAAACUCUCAGAUAAAACGGCAGCUCUGGAAUUAAAGAAUGAUACAUUGGAACGUAAAGUUUCAGUCCUGGAAUCUAAGGUGAAGGAGCUGGAGAUAGGCGACAACCAUAAUAACC